AUGACACCCACCACGGAUCGCAGAUUCCUCGCCGUCUCCCUGCUUCUCCUCCUGACUGCCCAACUGACCUCCGCCAAGGAGCCUUCCCCACCUCCCUCUCCCCGGGACGCCAACUUCCUCACAAGGCUGUUGACCGAGAGGCCAAAGCCCGCCCCGAGCCCCCCAGGCCGCCCCAUCGACAUCCAGGCGAACCCGCAGCCAGCAGGGCUCCGGAGCUGGAGCCAACCGGUGGAUGAACUCCCGGAGAGAGUUCUGGAGACGCCCCCCAGACCCCUGCCCCAGGUCAUGUUCACCAAGAACGGCACCGCAGCGGAUGCCCUGGCCCCCCCCUUGGGUGCGGCCCAGGUGGCGCCCCCUCCGCGGCGGCUGGUGGACGUGGACGUGUGCCAGGGUUACUAUGACGUCAUGGGCCAGUUCGACAGUGCCUUCAACUGCUCCAAGGACACGUACAUCUACUGCUGCGGGAGCUGCCACUUCCGCUUCUGCUGCCCGGAGCGUGGACAGCAGCUGGAGCAGCACUUGUGCAAGAACUACGACUCCCCGGACUGGGCCAAGACCCCGGCCAUCGACAUCAGCUCCGUGGUGGAUCCCAUGGGGACCAUUGAUCCAUUAAGGAUGCAAAGCCACAACACAGGCUUUGUCAUUGGUGGCGUUGUGGUGUUUAUGGUGGCCGUUGCCGUGGGGAUCAAGGUUGUGUUCAACAAGGUGCAGCAGGAGGCUAACCACAGAGACCUGAACAUGCCCAGAGCCUUGGUUGACAUGCUGCGCCACCAGUCCAGCCCUGUGCAGCAGGACGAGAGGAACAACAGCAUGGCGCUGACGGUGGCAGACGGACAGGGGGGCGGGACCCUGGGACGCCCUCCGAAGAACCACUAUGCCCCCGGCGGACUGCCCAGCAAGGACAACAGAUUGGGCAAUCUGCAGCACAAUUUCAUCCAUUCAUCAGGCUCCAGCCCCAAACACACCGCCACCAUUGAGCGCACCCCGCGGAUGAACAACGCUCAGCUGGCAGCUGGAGGGACGCUGCUCUCCAGCAAGCACAACAACACCAAGUCCCAGCCCUCCUUCCACCACUCCCUGCACAACCUGGCCCAGCUCCCCCCGUCCUACGAGAGCGCCACCAAGCCCGAGCUCAACCGCUACUCCUCUCUGAAGCGCCUGGAGAAAGGUCUGGAUGAGUACUCCUCUGGUUACUGCACCACCAAGCGCCGACCUCAUACUGCACAGCCCGCCUUGCAGUCCUCCCAGCACCACCUCCACUGGGGCGGCGACUACACCCUCAGUGGCAGGGGAACCCUCCCGAGGCACGCCACCCGCCCCUGGAUCCCCCCCGCCGGCAUGCCUACCUCGCCCACCCCCAACCCGUACCCCCUCGACCCGCCGGAGCCCCAGUACAACCCCAACUACGACACCCUCUCCAAGCCCACGAGGAAGGUCAAGUCCCAGGACCAGCUGCUCAACAUGGGCGACGUGCCCGGGAACACAGGCACCCUGUCGCGCCUCUCCAAGAACCAACAGCACCAGUACUACAAAGCCAUGGCCGCCGCUGCUUCCAACAAAAACUCAAACACCCAGACCCUCACGCGUAAGACCCAGGAGAGGCAGGAGAGGCAGGAGAGACAGGAGCGGCAGGAGAGACAGGACCGACAGGAGAGGCUGCUGAUGUCCCCGGACCACCUGGAGGAGAGGAUGGGCGUGGGGGUGGUGGAUCCCUACGCCCACGGAGGAGGAGGCGGGAUGGUGCCCACUCUACCCCGGCUGACACCCCAGCAGAAGGCCCAGUCCCAGCAAAAUGUCUGCGCCACCCCCUCACUCGACCGCCAUCACAUGAUCAAGAUGAACUCUCACCCCACGUCCGGCCGGGAGCAGGAGAGGAACCCGGGCACGACCGGCCACAUGAGCGGGGGCAUGGGCUGGGCGGGUGAGAUGCCCGGUGCCGGGGUCGUCAUGGGAACGGGGACACUGGGGGGGCACACUGCUAGAAGGAUGGCUUUUGCCACAAAGAGGCAGAACACAAUUGAGCAGUUACAUUUUAUACCAGGAGGGGGCGGUGGAGGCUCAGGAGGGGGGAGUGGAGGAAGCAGCCAGGGAAUUAGGACAGGAAGUAAAAAUGAGGUGACCGUGUAAGGUUCUUGGCCUGCAGUUUCACCGCACAUAAUCUUUGGGAAUAGGUGUCCCCUCUGCACAAUAUUACAUAAUAUUAUUAUCAAAUAUAAUCUAGAUUAUUUGGAAACCCAUAGUUUAGUUUAGAGUAAUAUAAUAAAGUGGGAAGCUGAGGGCUUGAGUAGUGUUUAGACUUUUUAAAUUGAUAUCGUUACCUGGUAAUUAGAUAGCGUCAAUACAAUUACUUAUCAAGUUAAUCAUAGUAGAGAGUAUCUGGUCAAAUUUUUGUUAUGUGAUUCUCUCAUCAGCCAUAUUUUCAUAACACAAUUUGCCAUAUACAUUGAUGCCAUGACAUUAAAAAGACUACAAGAACAGACAAAAAAACACAAGAACGAAAGUUUUCAUAACUUUUUUUAUGUCUUUCAAAAAAGAACUCA